AUGGCCGUGAAAAACGGCCCAGAUUUUCUAACCAUCAGAGAUGCCGCUUUCAGACGGGCAAAAAAAAUGAUCGCAGAAUCUUCCUUGGCAUCUCUUGCGAUGCGCUACAAGCCUCGCAAUCAGACCACGGUAUUUUUUGCCGCUGCCCGAAAACCUGGAGCUGACCGGGAGGCCAAGUGUUUGUGUGAGAUCUUGGUGCAGAAGGGCAUUCGUGUCAAUCACACUGACGUAAUGAAUCAAACGGCCCUUUUCUAUGCGGCCCGUCAAGGGCACGCAGAAACGAUCAAGUUCUUGCUGAGCAAGAACUUGAUCGUUUCUGCGUGCCCUUGGCGGGCCGCGUGGGGCGCGACAGCUGCGGCCAAGGCCUUGUUGGACGGCGGGGCGAGUUUGGAAGUUGCCAACAAUGCUGGCAACACGUGCAUGAGUGUGGCGCCUGCUGCGGUCUUCCCUGCCUUGCAGGAGGAGCGCACAAAGCGACGCCUCUAUCACGACGACUCAGGUCCGGGGCCAAAGCGUCGGCGCACGGCAAUGGAAGGGCUGCGUGCAUGGGCCAACGAGUGGCCAGCCAAGGAGCCCAUCCCCAGAAGCAAACAAGUGAACUACAAAGAGGAGGACAUUAUCGACAAAAAUGACAGCUACGCUGUUCUCCGAACCUGCCCAGCAGAAUGCGCAGCACAGCUGCGCAUCUGCGAGAAAAAAAUUGUGCCACAAAAUUUUUCUCGCAGAUGCGCAGCUGUGCGAACAGCGAGGGUGCAGGCCAGGCUCAAACCUGGCACAGUGCUGACGGGUACAUCUGAGGCGGCUCCAAUACGAAGCGUGGUUCUCAGAGCUGUCGCCAGAGGACGCAAGAUCGUGGGCAGAUGGUGGUGUUGCAACCUAUCAGAAGUGGUUUUGAGGAAACAAUGGAAUGAGAGGAGACCUUUAUAUUAG